GGUGUAUACUUCCGCAUAAGCAGAAGUAGCUGAUUUUGCUGCCUGUAAUAACUAAUAGUUUAGCGACUAAAGAACGCUGCAUACACACAAAGCAAAGUGCAGCUGAAAAUUGCAUGUAGAAGUGAAUUUAUUCCAAUAUUCAAGUGCUUAAUCUACGCUAAAUAAGCUGCAUUGUUUAAUAGUGCAAAUACAAAAACAUUGCCUACUUUUUGGAGCAACUAAAAAAUUUUCUGAACUUGAAUCGCUUUUAGAGCAAAUGUGUACUCAUUCUUACACAUAUUUAUAAGCUGUGAUUUGUUCAGCUAGUGCACGCAGUCAUGUACACGGCAACAGGCGCCUCGCUGGCGGUAUGUAUUUAUUUCUUUUUAUCGUUUGUGUUCGGCAACUGAAUGCCAUUCGCACAGAAACAGUGUUGCAUGUGAAAGAAUUUGUAAAUUAUUUUUCACAAUUAAUUUGUCGAUUAUUUUCAAUGCAGUUAAGCUUACUUUAAGCGGUUUCGCUAUGAAAUUUGUAUAAAAAUCUGUUGUUAUACAAUUCAUUUGUACGCAGGAAACCGUUCAGAAAAUACACGAACUAAAUUUACAACCCUGAAAUUUUUAUAUAUUCUUUCUGCACCGUUGGCAUUUGAUCAGGUGGCAGACGUUGACUUCGCUGUCGCUAGCAGGCAAUCCAAUUGGAACAUACCGUAGAUAUUUCUGUUGACGCUUUCAAUUGUUUGCGUUUUGCCUUUGCUUCGUUCGCUUGAAUUCGCUCGUCAGUACGCGCGCGUAUGUUAUUAUCGCAUUUACUACCUCAAAAAAGGCUGAGAUAUACUAGAAAUACGUGGUUUUAAUUGUUUACUGUGGGUGAAGUUACUGUAAAAGGUCACAAUCGGAAGUUCAACUUUUGUGCCCCUCCCCAUAAACGCGAACGCGUGUAUGCAUGUGCGAAAAAUCAGGUUACGGGACUUUCUCGGCUUCCACUAAAUUUGCGUUCGAAUUGUUGUUGCUUUAUACGAUUUAUUGACGUUUCUGCUCAUGCGAUCGCUCAAAGUGUAUUUACAUAUAUAUAUUUUUUGAAUCGUGGAGAAAGUGAUAAUAUACAAAAGUGCAAAAUCGAAAACAUAAAGAAAAAUCUUCUAUAUAUCCGCUUAAACCAUCCACAUUUCUCGGCAGCAUCCACCAGCGAUUUUGAACUUAUUGUGAUUGAAAAACAAGAAACUCCAAUAUGUCCGCAGCAGUCGCGUCGGCACCGACAACAGCAACAACAACGACAGCAACCAAACCUGUAAACAAGGCAACAUCGUCAAAAACCAAUAAUAACAAUAACAACAAUAAUACAACUAAAACAGCAACAAAAGUUGCAAGUUCCAGCAGCGAUACGACGAGCAAAACAAACAAAAACGUUGCCGCAAACAAAAGCAAAACUACAACCAGCAGCAACAGCGGCAACAAUGAUGACAACAAUAACAAUGGCAAGCAACAACGCCUAAAAUACGUAGCGAAUGUAGUGCGCGCUUUAGUGACAUCACGCAAACCGCCGUGCAAAUUACGCGAGGUACUCAACGAGUAUCCAGAAAUCGAGGGUGAACCAUUGAAUUUUCGCAAACUUGGCUAUACAUCAGCCAAAGAUCUGUUGAAGGCGACAGGCGAAUUUAGUUUUAUGCAAUAUGGCGAAGAGACAUACAUAGAUGCCGUACCUAGCCAGAAGUCGGCGCACAUCUCGUCUAUGGUGAGACAGCAAAAGUCAAGCAAAACGACACGCAUCAUAGCGGCACCACAAGUGAGACAACCGAAACGUUCCGAUCAGAGUUGGAACAAGAGUAGCUAUUCGUCAAACGUCUUCCAGCGUUUGCCGGCGACGGGUCAGCAGCAGCAACAACAGCAGCGUUGGCGUAGUAAUGUGAACAGCACCGCUGCAGGGGCUGGUGAUCGCAACAACAACAAUAGCCAACAGCAAAACAAUAACAAUCGCAACAGCAGUGCGAGUGGGCAGCAGCAACACAAACAACAACAGAAAGAUAAAUCACAACAACAAACACCAACACAGCCACAAGCGAAGACACAGACGCAACAGCAAAAGGCAACGAAGCCACAACAACAACAAGCGUCGAAAACUCAGCAGCAACCGCCUUUGCAGCGCCAAAAGUCGCUCGGCGCAACGACGAGUAAGACCGCAGGCGGUGGCGAGAAGAAAGAUCUACGCGAAAUGUUGAACGCAAAGGCAGCACAACAGCAGCAAUCCAAUGGAGGUGGGGCCGCCAACAAUGGCAACAAGGCGGCUGGCGAGACUGAUUUACGCGAACGUUUAAAUGCCAAGCGUCAACAACAGCAACAGCAACAACAAAAGCAGCAGCCAGCCGCUGAACAGCAAAAAUCAUCGCCGCGUCCCAUUUUAGGGCAGAACAACAAUUCGGCAAUCGCAAUUGCUUCGACAUUGAUAUUGGCGCAGCGUGAGCAAAAAAUGCAGGAGCAGCAUCAGCAACAGCGCGCUCAGCUGUUGGCCGCGCAACACUUACGUCAGCAGCAGCAGCAGCAACAACAACAACAACAACAGCUGAUACAACAAAAUCUGCUGCAGCAACAACAAUUGCAGAAGCAGGCACAGCAACAGCAACAGCUGCAAGCGCAACCACAGCAACAGCAAACGCAGACGCGUCAAUUGAUGGCUGCUGGCGUUGCCAAACCAGGUGUUGGCAUAGGUUCGGUGCAGGAUCGUUUACGUAUACGUAUUAGCAAUAAUAACAAUAAUCAAAACGGUAACGGCUUUGGCGCGUCCACAAAUGGCAGCAAUACACCCGAAACGUCACCGGCGCUAUCCUCCACAGGUUCUGACAAACUGCUAACGGCGACGAACUCAUUUGUUGCCUCGGCAGCUAUGCAGCAGCUGCAGCUGCAACAACAACCACAAUUUCAUAAACAGCGCUACAUCGUCAAACAGCAGCAGCAGCAGCUGCUGCAACAACAACAGCAACAGUUUGGCGAGGCUAAUGGUCAGCACGUCAUACCGCCGCGCGUUUUCCAAUUCAACCCCAAACUCGAUCCAAUCACAUCGCUAACGCAAUAUUGUGUGGUGCGUCGUUAUGCGCCGCCGGCUUUCAGCGCUAUACGCUCGAAAUUUACACGCCUCUAUCAGUGCCGUGUCAAUGUGAAUGGCACCAUUUUCUCCACAUACCCCAAUGAAUAUUUACACGAGCAUGUUGCUCAAAUCUCAUGCGCUCAAAAGGCUAUUGAACAAUUGAAGCUGCAAGAGUCGCGACGUCCGCUACCCUUGUUUUCGGAUGGCGAUACCGAUCUAAUUGACAAACUCUACAAUGAAUUGCAACAACAUCCACAUGGUAUAUUCGCCAAAAACAUACCGGAGAUAUUCGAGGAAGCGUACAAACAGUCAUUGCCGGAACACUGGUGGACGUUGGUGCAAACGUCACCGAAAUUCACCACCGAAUCGGCGACCAAUAAUGCUGUGAUUGUCUUUGCCAACGAGGAGGCGGAUAAAGAGAAGCCUGGCAGCACCGGUACAAUCAUACAAAUGGAUGGCAUUGCUCUACCAUGGAAGCAAAAAUAUUGGCAAUUGUAUAUCACAUAUUGCGCUUCAACAAUUGAUGUGUGGGCACGCCUCUUCGGCAAGGAGUAUAGCGAACGCUUUGAUAGCGUUAUGAGCGAAAUCGAUGUGCAUAUGUCAACGCAAAAGACGCGUCCAUUAUCGUUGGCAUGCAAAAAUAUCUAUUUAGUGUGCAUCAAUGACUGCUGGCAUCGUGUGCGCGUCGAAGAGCUGGACAAACCGAAUGCAACGGCGCGUUGUUUCUUCAUCGACUAUGGCGAUAGUGAUUGGGUGGCUGUGAGUGAAUUAUAUAUAUGUGAGGCACAAUUCUUGCGUUUGCCAGCGCAAGCGGUGCCUUUGUCGCUGUUCGGUUUGGAAGAUUUCGCUGGCAAUCCGAAUGCGCGGCGGCACUUGGAUGCGAUGUUGUCCAGCAAAUCGGUGGUGAGUGAGAUUUUGACAAAGGAGAGUGACUUCUACAACACCGAAUCGAGCGCUUGUGGUAAAAUACAAGUUGUAUUGUAUGAUACCUCAACCGAGGAGGAUGUGAAUCUGAAUCCAUUGCUGUUGAGCAAGAUUUGCGAUGAUACACCGCCGCCAGAAAUCAAACACAAAGGCGCCACCAAUGUGCUGGUCUCACAUAUAAGCGAUGAGGGUGAUCUAUAUUUGCAGAUACUCAACACUGACUUUAAAUAUGUGCAGAAAUUAAUUCAACAACUCAUCGAAUCGAAAUUCAAACGCGAUCAACACAAGAUCACUGCUAACGAUCUGAAACGUUCUAAUCUCUUCUUAAUAUGUGACGACACCAAUGACGGCGAGACACAGUGGUAUCGUGGCGCACUCGCCGACAUGCCGAACUAUCGCGUCGAGGACGAAGAAUUUGAUAUAUUAUAUGUGGAUUAUGGCAUAACACGUCGCACGCACAUUUCGAACAUUUUCCGUUUGGAAUCGCUAAGUACAGCGUUGAGCAAAUUCCCCAGACAAGCGAUACGCGCGCGGCUGCACAACAUACCGCCAAUCAACAAGAGCAUUGUUGGGCGCAUGCGCGCAUUGCUGCCAUCCAAUUGUGCGGCUUUUGUGAAAAUGAAUAAACCCGGCAAAUUGCCAUAUGUCACCAUCUAUCGUCGUCAUGAGAGUUCUGAUAUGCUGUGCAAUAUAAACGAGGAUAUACGCAUGGAAGCCGAAUUGGAAUCUUCUACGGCUUCGAAUGGCGAGGACGAUGAUGUGUCCAUUAAUGGCAAACACUUUGGUCUGGCUAAAAAUGGCAGUGCUGGUAGCUUGAAUUCGCCAACGACACAACAAACCUUUGUAGAAAUGACGCGUGGUCUAACCCUCACUUCUUCAGUGCCAAAUUCACCACAAAAAGUAGCUGAGCUACCAAAACUACAAAAUUACAAUGCUAUACCUAGUGAUCCAAAUGAUUAUCUGGAAGUGCGUGUCACUAUGUCGGCGAAUCCUUCCAAUUUUACGAUCCAACCCUACAAAGACUAUCCACGCCUUCGUGAUCUCAUGAAGGAACUGCAGGAGUACUGUGAAAAUAAUGAUGAAUUCAUACCGGCUGAUAUGGUGGAAAUAGGACAGGCCUAUGCGGCCAAAAAUCCGGAUGGUUUCUAUCAUCGUGUUGUUGUAGUAAACACCUACAAUGGUGAUAUGAUACACGUUUGUUUCUGUGAUUUCGGUGAUAUAGCAAUUUUGCGCAGCGACCAAUUGAAAAUAUUACCGGCGAAGUAUCGUCAAUUACCGAAAAUGUCGAUACAAGCUAAAUUGCAUGGCAUAACGGCCACGCAUGGCGACUGGAGUCUGGAAGAUUGUCUACGCUUCCGUCAGCUAACAGUCGGCCAAAAGUUCGUAGCAUCCAUAAAACGUAUUACAUAUGAUAAGUUGGGUUCACCUGACACACCAAUACUCGACUUGGAAUUGAUUGAUGUGACUACAGAUGAAGACGUCUAUAUACAUGAAAUUUUGUUGCAGGAGCAACGUGCUGUUGCAAUCGACAAACCUGAGUCUAACUAAAAAUGUCACUCAACUCAACACAAGAGAAAAACGAAAAGAGAGUUCAUAUUUCUUAAAUAUAACGUAGUUUUUAGCGUAGGUUAGUGCAGAGUUUCUUUUCUUUUGAAGGCAAGCGUUGAAGCAAUUCAUUUAGGCUUUUUGUACUAACUUAAAUGGUGGUUAGUGACAAAAAUAUUUUAUGGCGUCGCUAAUAAUUGAAACUAUAAUCAUAUACAUGAUGCUCUUCGUUUCAUGUGGUUUUAUUUUUUGACUUGAUCACUUAAACUGAAUGAAAUUCACGUUUAUACUCAUUAGAGCGCGAAAAUCACAUUCCGUGCAUUUUUUUCACUCACUAUUUUCACAUCGCGUUGAUAUAUACAUAAAGCUAAGCGUUUUAGUCGUUUGCACUUCUCAAGCAUUGAAUGAAAGUUACUAACAAAAUUAUAAUUUUCUAUUUUAUAAAUUGAAUUGAUAUUAUUACUAAACGAAAGGUUAAUUCUUCGGCAUAUAUGCGUGAUUUUUGUAAGCAUAUGAAGAUAUCACUUGGUAAAAAUACUUAUUAUAUAACAUUAUUAUUUUAUUUUUUAUUUUAAAUGUUUAAAACGAAAUGUAGUUAUAUAAGUUAUUUAUGCUAUUUUGUGUAAUAUUCGUAUUACUAAAAGUUGAAAAAUGAAAUGAUUAAAAUGUGUAAAAAACGAGUAAUUUUUAAAAAAGUUUUUAACAUUUUAGAAAUGAAAGCGUAGUUGGUGCAAAAAAAUUAUUGUUUAAUACCAACUAACCCUACUAUUGCCAAAAUAAUACUAUGAAAUUGCGAUUUAGUAAAUACUGUUAUUUGAUUUUUUAUUGUUUCAUGCAGACGAAACAGAAAAUGUAUGACAAAAGAUACGAUUUAGCUAUAAACGGAGAUAAAGAAAUCGUUAACGAAUAAUAAGCAUAACUUGAUGUUUGAAAAAAAUACGAAAAGCAAAUAAAAUGAAAUGGAAUUAACUUAAAUUAUUCCUAAAUAUGUAAAAAACAUGAAAGAACUUUAUUGAAAAAGAAUUAUCCAAAUAAUGAUACCAUAUAUUAAUUAGACUGUUAAUUUCUCGUUGACGGCAGCGAAGUUGAAUAAAAUGGUUUUGUUAUUAUUAUAACACUUUUAAAUUUAAACUUUUUAAUUUGUAGUAAUAUCUUUUAUUGUAAUAUUUUUUCUUUAAUUUUUAAAAAUGUUUGAAAUUAUAAAAUUAUAAUUUUAUUUAUUUCAUAUUUUACAAGUUUUUAUAAUAUUUUUUUUUGGCUUUUUCGUUUUUUUUUUGUUUUCUUUUAAUUAAAUUUUUUUUAUAGUUUUUUUUAAAUUUUUUUUAAGUUUUUUUUUUAGUUUUAAUUUUUAAUUUUAAUUUUAUAUAUUCUUUUGUUAUUUUUAUUUUUAAUUUUUUUACCUUUUUUUAAUUCUUAUAAUUUUUUAAAUUUUUUUUGAUAACCUUACUGCAGUGAAAUGAAAGUUAUGUUAAAAAAUAAGGUGUAUUCCCUCGAAAAGGUUGUAUUGAAGUUAUGCACGCCUUCAAGCGAUGCCUGCUGACAAAGCUAGCCAAAAACAAUUAUUAAUUUCAAUGAAAUCUUAUGAAAAUCGUUUAAACUAGUUGACUUAAUUUUUAAUUUUCAGCCAUUAAUUUAAUUUUAUAUGAUUUAUUAUUAAAUGUAAACUUUUUGUUCUGCUUCGCUCGCUUAAUUCAAAACAAAUAUUUAAAUAUGCGAAAUAUCCACAUAUUUGCUUAGUGUAUAAGCUACGAAAACAAUAUACUUACAUACUUACAACAAGCAAAUUAUUAACAGAAAAACUAUAGAUAUAUAACCAGAUUAACAUACAUACAUAUAUACAUGUGUAUGUGCGUAUAAAUAUCUAUGUAUUCCGAAAGACACUCAUACAUACAUAUUCUAUAUAUAUGCAAUAAAUUGGAUCAAUGUGUAAAAUGUAAUUGCAGAGA